AUGAGGCUGUGCAGCAUAGGCAAGAAACGCAUAUAUGUUGAUUCGGGGAUGUUAAGGAUGGGUCUCAGGGAAGACGAUAAAGAAUCCCUUUGCUAUUGCACAUGUUCUACAUCCAAGGGCUGGAAAUCUUCUCCCUCGACGAUUAAAUGUCGUCAGGAUUUGUGA